AUGAGUGAUCCAGAACCCUGCAGAAUUAAACAGGAAGACACUGAAGAACCAAUAGACGUGAUGGUGAAGGAGGAAUGUGAAGAACUGAGUGAACAUGAGGAGAAACAUGUCAAAAGUGAAGAAGAAACUCAAUCAGAGACUGAAGAUACAGCUGUGAAAGGGUUCACCUGCACUCAGUGUGGAAAGUGUUUUGGGCGCAAGCACUGUCUCAAUAUUCACUUGAGGAGCCACACUGGAGAGAAACCCUACCAGUGUUCACACUGCGACAAGAGAUUCAGUCGUGCACAACACCUGAAAUUACACGAGAGGAUUCACACUGGAGAGAAACCGUAUCACUGCACUGAUUGUGGGAAGAGUUUCACACAGUCAUCUUCUCUACGAACACACACAAAAACCAUUCACAAUGUGAUAGUGAAGGAGGAGAGUGAAAAUGGGGAGAAACUUCAUGUCGAAAGAAAAAACAAAACUCAAUCAAAGACUGAGCAUAAUAUCUCAAUGAAAAGGUCAGCCGCAGAACGUUUCGCCUGCAGUAAGUGUGGAAAGAGUUUCGAGCGCAAAUACCAUCUCAAGCUUCACAUGAGGAUCCACUCUGGAGAGAAACCCUACAAGUGUUCGCACUGCGACAAGAGAUUCGUUGAUCCCAGAUACCUAAAAAUACACGAGAGUCUUCACAUUGGAGAGAACCUGUGUCACUGCACUGUUUGUGGGAAGAGUUUCACAAAGUCAUCCUCUCUGCGAAGACACAAAAUAAACAUUCACAACCUGAUUGUGAAGGACGAGAGUGAAGCCCUGAAGGUCCGAACAAAGGAGAAAACCUAUUUAUGCUUUUGGUGUGGGAAGAGUUUUACACAGCAUUCAGUUUUAAAACAACACGAGAAGAUUCACAGCGGAGACAAACCGUUCACCUGUACUUUGUGUGGGAGGAGUUUCAUUCGCUCAUCACAUCUUAAUCGUCACAUGCUGAUCCACACUGGAGAGAAGACACACAAAUGUGAUCAGUGCGACAAAAUGUUUUUCAAUGCUUCAGAUCUGAAGGACCAUCUUAGAAUUCACACCAAGGAGAAGCCUUACUCGUGUUAUUUGUGUGGAAAGAGAUUUAACCAUCGGUCACAUUUAAAAUACCACCAGAAGAUCCACUUUGGUGUGAAGGAGCAUGCGUGCCUUGAGUGUGGGAAGAGUUUUGUCAGAUCUGGAGAACUGAAACAGCACAAGAUGAUUCACACUGGAGAGAAACCGUUCACAUGUACUCAGUGUGGGAAGGGUUUCGCACAAUUAUCCAAUAUUAAAAAGCACAUGAAGAUCCACUCUGGAGAGAAGCAACAAACUCUGAUCAAUGCAGCGAAGCGUCUUUGACUGUUUUCUGACUUUGACUGACAGAACUGAGGAUCCAUCUUGGAGUUCAUACAGUAGAGAAGAUGUAGUCCUGUUGUGUGUGUGUGUGGAAAGGUUUUGGACAGGGUUUCCACAGGUCAGGAAUGUUCUUAAAUAAAAUGGAAGUUUCAAGUCAUGGAAUAAUCCAGAAA